CCCUUUACCUGCAGUCUCGGCCGUGUGUGAAGAUGAAUAUCCUCAAAGACAACAGAGAUCUGGCCUGUUUCUACACAACCAAACACUCCUGGAGGGGGAAGUACAAGCGUGUGUUCUCGGUGGGCACUCACGGCAUCACCACAUACAAUCCCACCACAUUAGAGGUUACAAACCAGUGGGCGUAUGGGGACAUCUGCAGCAUCUCCCCGGUGGGCAAGGGUCAGGGCACAGAGUUCAGCCUUACCUUCAGGAAGGGCAGCGGGAAGAAAUCUGAGACGCUGAAGUUCAGCACGGAGCACCGCACUGAGCUGCUGACCGAAGCCCUGCGCUUCAGGACUGACUUCUCUGAGGGGAAGAUCACCGGCAGGCGCUACAACUGCUUUAAGCACCACUGGAGUGACUCUCGCAGGAGUGUGUGUCUGGAGGUGACUCCGGGAGGGAUUGAUCAGAUCGACCCGCAGUCGAACCGUGUGCUGUGCUCGUAUGAUUACCGCUGUGUGGAGGGAUUCGCCGAGCUGGCGGACUAUCAGGGUGGAUUCUGCAUCCUGUACGGCGGCUUCAGCAGACUGCAUCUGUUUGCGUCAGAGCACCGUGAUGAGAUCAUCCGCAGUGCAGUGGAGCAUGCUGGGAGCUUCAUCGGGAUCUCUCUGCGGCUGCGGAAGGAGAGUCUGAGCUUCGAGGGUUUCCUGUGUGAGCGUCUGGGGAAUUUUCAGCAGGAUCACGCUCGCUCUAACCUGAUCUGGAACCUGAAGACGCGUGAGGAGCUGCGGGACGCUCUGGAGGGGGAGAUGCGCUCCUUUGGUGUGGACCGAGAGCUGGGCAGUGCUAACGUCAUCUCCUGGAACCACCAGGAGUUUGAGGUGAGGUACGAGUGCCUUUCAGACGAGAUUAAAAUCGGGGAUUAUUACCUGCGUCUGCUGCUGGAGGAGGACGAGAGCGAGGAGUCUGGAGCCAUCAAGAGAUCGUACGAGUUCUUCAACGAGCUGUACCACCGGUUCCUGCUGACCCCGAAGGUGUCCAUGAAGUGUGUGUGUCUGCAGGCGCUCGCCAUCGUCUACGGCCGCUGCAGCGAGGAGAUCGGACCCUUCUCCGACACCAAGUACAUCGUGGGCAUGCUGGACCGGUGCACAGAUAAGCUGGAGAGAGACAGACUGAUCCUCUUCCUCAACAAACUCAUCCUCAACAAGAAAAAUGUGAAGGAGAUCAUGGACUCUAAUGGAGUGAGGAUCCUGGUGGACCUGCUGACCCUCGCUCACCUGCACACCAGCAGAGCCACCGUCCCCCUGCAGAGUAAUGUUCUGGAGGCCGGAGCGGACAUGAAGAGGGAGAGCGAGAAGGAGUGGUACUUCGGGAACGCAGACAAGGAGAGGAGAGGCCCCUUCAGCUUUGAGGAGAUGCAGGAGUUCUGGCGCUCCGGCACGCUCUCCGCGAAGACGCGCUGCUGGGCUCAGGGUAUGGACGGCUGGCGGCCGCUGCAGGCCGUCCCGCAGCUGAAGUGGGCUCUGCUGGCCGGAGGGCAGGCCGUGAUGAACGAGAGCGAUCUGGCCACGCUCAUCCUCAACAUGCUGAUCUCCAUGUGCUCCUACUUCCCCAGCAGGGAUGAGGAUAACGCCAUCAUCAGGCCUCUGCCCAAGGUGAAGAGACUCAUCAGUGACAACACCUGCCUGCCUCACAUCGUGCAGCUGCUGCUGACCUUUGACCCCAUCCUGGUGGAGAAAGUGGCCAACCUGCUGUACCUGGUGAUGCAGGACAACCCCAACCUGCAGCGUCUGUACCUGAGCGGAGUCUUCUUCUUCAUCAUGAUGUACACCGGCUCCAACGUGCUGCCCAUCGCUCGGUUCCUGAAAUACACUCACCUGAAACAAGCCUUUAAAUCAGAGGAGGCUAAAGGUCUGGAUAUCGUGCAGAGGAGUGUGCUGGGCCCGAUGCUGCCCGAGGCGAUGGUCUGCUACCUGGAGAAUUACGAACCGGAGCGCUUCUCCGAGAUCUUCCUGGGAGAGUUCGACACGCCGGAGGCCAUCUGGAGCAGCGAGAUGAGGCGUCUGAUGAUCGAGAAGCUGGCAGCUCACCUGGCGGACUUCUCUCCACGUCUGCAGAGUAACACGCGAGCGCUGUACCAGUACUGCCCCGUGCCGGCGCUCAGCUUCCCGCAGCUGGACUCGGAGCUCUUCUGCAGCAUCUAUUACCUGCGGCACCUCUGCGACCGCACACGCUUCCCCGACUGGCCCAUCCGAGACCCCGUGAAGCUCCUGAAGGACACACUGGACGCCUGGAAGCGGGAGGUGGAGAAGAAGCCUCCCUCCAUGUCUGUGGACGACGCUUAUGAAGUGCUGAACCUGCCUAUAGCACAAGGACAGCAUGAAGAGAGUAAGAUAAGGAAGGCCUACUUCAGACUGGCUCAGAAAUACCAUCCAGACAAAAACCCGGAGGGAAGAGAUAUGUUUGAGAAGGUGAACAAGGCCUAUGAGUUCCUGUGCAGUAAGUCUGCUCGUGUGGUGGACGGUCCCGACCCGGAGAACAUCAUCCUGAUCCUGAAGACUCAGAGUAUCCUCUUUAACAGACACCGGCAAGAGCUGGAGCCGUAUAAGUACGCCGGGUACCCGAUGCUGAUCCGGACGCUGCGGAUGGAGACAGGAGAUGAGCUGCUGUUCUCCAGAACCGCUCCACUGUUACCUGCUGCUGCUGAGCUGGCCCACCACACGGUCAGCUGCUCCGCGCUCAACGCUGAAGAGCUGCGCAGAGAGGAGGGCAUCGAGGUGCUGAUGGAGGCUCUGUCUCGGUGUGUGGCUGUUCUCACUGCGUCCAGUAAGUUUGAGGAUAUGGCAGUACAGGUGUGCGGGCACGUCUGUCGCUGCUACAGUGUCGCUGCUCAGUUUGAGGAGUGCAGAGAGAAGAUCGUGGAGCUUCCCAACAUCAUCAGAGACGUCUGUCACAUACUGUACUACAGCAAGGCUCUGCCGCGGCUGGCCUCAGUGGCGGUGCAGUGUGUGAGCUCGUUCGCGGUGGACUUCUUCCUGCAGACGCACCUGUACCAGGCGGGGGCGCUGUGGCACCUGCUGCCGCUGCUCUUCCUGUACGACUACACCCUGGCGGAGAGCGGCGUCCAGGCCAGCCAGCACUGCAACCAGCAGGAGGCGCUCAACCGGCUGGCCAGGAGGAGCGCGCGGGCGCUGGGGAGACUGGCAGGGCUGAGGGCCCUGGAGGAGCCGGAGGAGGAGGAAGAGGAGGAGGCUAACGGCGGAGGCGCUAACACUCCAGUGCAGGCUAACACCCCAGGGCAGGCUAACACCCCAGGGCAGGCUAACACCCCAGGGCAGGCUAACACCCCAGCGCAGGCUAACGCCCCAGCACAGGCUAAUGCCCCAGCACAGGCUAACACCCCAGAGAACCCCGCCAUACGCAAGAGCCUGUCCGCCAUGCUCACCCCGUACCUGUGCCGCAGACUGGGCAGCAGCUCACCUGCAGAGGUGCUAAAGCUGCUGAACAGUAACUGUGAGAGCCCGUACCUGAUCUGGAAUAACAGCACGCGUGCAGAGCUGCUGGAGUUCCUGGAGGAGCAGCAGGAGAGCAACAUCAGGAGGGGCGAGUGCGACAAGAGCUUCGGCUCCGAGUUCCAGUUCUCUGAGCACGGGAAGGAGCUGAUCGUGGGGGAGAUCUUCGUCAGGGUGUACAACGAGCAGCCGGCCUUCCCUCUGGAGCACCCGAAGGCGUUUGCGUCUGCGCUGCUGGAUUACGUGGGCUCUCAGGCUCAGUAUCUGCACACACUCCUGGCGAUGACGCAGACCAGCAAGCUGGAGUCGCAGCAACACACACACCGUCUGCGCUGGGCAGAGAUGGCCCUGGAGGCGCUGAGGAACGUCAUCAAGAACAACCCAGGCUCUGAGAGCGAGUGUAUCGGCCACUUUAAGCUGCUCUUCUCUCUGCUCAGAGUUCACGGAGCCGGCAGAGUCCAGCAGCUCGCUCUCGAGGUGGUGAACACAGUCACAUCAAAUCAGGAGUGUGUGAUCAACAUCGCUGAGUCUCUGGUUUUGCCAAACCUGCUGGUGCUGCUGCACUCGCUGCCCUCCAGCAGGCAGCUGGUGCUGGAGACUCUCUACGCUCUGACCUCCAACACUAAAAUCAUUACAGAGGCCAUGAACAGAGGUGCUCUCAUCUAUCUGCUGGACCUCUUCUGUAACUCCACACACCCUCAGGUGCGCACACAGACCGCGGAGCUCUUCUCCAAGAUGACCUCAGACAAGCUAGUCGGACCCAAGGUGCGUUUGACACUGAUGCGCUUCCUGCCAGCGGUCUUCAUGGAUGCGAUGCGUGAUAAUCCAGAAGCAGCGGUGCACAUAUUUGAGGGAACCCACGAGAACCCAGAGCUGAUCUGGAACGACAGCUCCAGAGAGACGGUUUCCACCAACGUCAGGGAGAUGAUGCUGGAGCACUUCAGGCAGCAGAAGGACAAUCCUGACGUCAGCUGGAAGCUGCCGGAGAACUUCUCAGUGCCGUACGGAGCGGGGCAGGGUGAGCUGGAGGUGGGUGGUGUGUUCCUCCGCAUCUUCAUUGCUCAGCCUGGAUGGGUGUUACGCAAACCCCGAGAGUUCCUGGUGUCUCUGCUGGACACACUCACCACACUGCUGGAGAAGAACAACCCCAACGGUGAGGUUCUGGAGACGGUCACCACUGCCACAGUGUGUCUCUUCAUCUCUCAGUCCGCACUGGCGGAUCAGGUUCCUCCGCUCGGGCACCUGCCGCGGGUUCUGUCCGCUCUGAACCACAGGAACAACGCCGUGCCCAAGAGCGCCAUCAGGGUCAUACACGCACUCUCAGACAACGAGCUGUGUGUGCGCUCCAUGGCGGCGCUGGACACCAUUGGUCCUCUGAUGGUGGGGAUGAAGCUGAGAGCUGAUAUGGCUGGUCUGGCCUGUGAGGCUCUGAACCGCAUGUUCCAGAGAGAGCAGACUGAACUGGUGGCUCAGGCCCUGCAGAUGGAGCUGGUGCCGUAUCUCCUGAAGCUGCUAGAGGGUGUGGGUCUGGAGACUCUGGAGAACCCUUCAGCAACCAAAGCUCAGAUCGUCAAAGCUCUGAAGUCCAUGACGAGGAGCCUGCAGUUUGGAGAACAGGUGAAUGAGAUCCUCUCUCGUUCAUCAGUUUGGAGUGCCUUCAAAGACCAGAAACACGACCUCUUCAUCUCCGACUCUCAGACCGCAGGCUACCUGACCGGUCCAGGAGUGGCGGGUUACCUGACCGCCGGCAGCGGCUCCACAGUGAUGCCGAGUGUUCCUCCGCCUGUAGAUGGCGACGCCGCAGACCUGAACUGAAGAAGAGGAAGAGGAAGUGCGCCUCACUCACGCUUUUAUUUCCUCAACACUUCCUCCUUUCCUUUUAUACUCUGUUUGCCUCUGCUGAGCGCUUCUGUCCAGCGACAGUUCAAUAGUUUACUUUUCUAUUCAGAUAUUUUUAUGCUUUUGUUUAUUUGUUUGUUUGUUGCCGAGGAAACGAGUGAGCCGUUGAGCCGCCAUUUUGGCUCUGCUCCCUUCCUUCCUCUUCCUGUGUCCUUCAGUCAGAUCUGCGCAGAGCCUCUCUCCUUUAUUAAGCUGCCUGCGUUUCUGUCUCUUCUGUUAUUCUGGAGUUCUCCACGCUAGCACUUGUUAGCGUCCGGAAAGCGACGCGCUGUGAAACUGUGAUGAUAUGAUGAAGACGCACGGCUUCUGUCCUCCUCCUCCUCCUCCUGUUUUCCCCACAGCACUCGAGUAUUUAUACCCUGAUGAGGAAAGACCAACUGAACUGAGCUCUGCAGGACCCACUGCAGCACGUGUGUGUGUGUGUGUGUGUGUGCGCGUGUGUGUGCGUGCGUGCGUGUGUG